UUUUGCCAACAAUUAAAGCAAUACCAAAGCUUCAUCGGCCAUUGAUACUGUUCGGUCCCAUUUUCUGUCUCGGCCUUCUUGGUGCCCUAGCUUUCUAUCAAUUAUUUUUUAUACUAUUAGAAUCCCAUCGAGCUUAGCCUUUGAAUCUUUCGAUGUAAAGGCUCUUCUUUCUCUCCGGCUCUUCGCUGUCAAGUCUUUAUUCCAGUAAGCAUUUCUAUUACCUGUUUUAGGUUCGAAAUCAAAGAGGAGUUUUUUGAAACUCACACACUUCAAUUGGGUUCGCUUGAAUUGAUUAGAUCUGUGGCAGUUUAGAGUAAAAAGCCGCUUUAUAGUUAAACGCUUGUGGAAAUCUGAAUUUGUGUUUUUAACAGCUACUGUGAUUUAAUGAACUUUAAAGUUUUUCCUUUUUGUGCAUUGAAGUCUGCUUUUAGUAGCUGAAUUGAGUGCCUUUCAAGGCUUGCUCACAAAUAUCAAGCUUGUUCCAUUCAUUGCUUUUGCUAUUUCUGCUCUUUGUUUAGGAAAUAUGUGUUGUCAUGGUAUUGGUAUAUACAAUCCUUUAACUUUUAUGAACUUCUGUUCCAAAUCCAUGUUUUAUCAGGUCUCAUUGUAGAUGAUAUUCAUAUAUUUGAGACGGUGUCUUUGGUUCUGUUAUCGGACCUCCUUGCUUCUUUGUCUUUCGUUUUGUGCCUCACCAUAUCUGGGACUACUAGCUGAUUUAGGGAAUUUCAAGUUCUUUUAGGAUUGAGAGGAAAGUAUAUGAAACUGAUGUCGACGAAGCACCCAUUAACGAGUAUGAGAAAAUAUGCCAAUUCCCACACAACAAGGUUUUUCAGUGAUAGAAGAUGGAUGAUUCCAUUCUUUACGAGUUUACUCAUAUCUAUUACUCUGUUGUUCUCAGCCUUUUUUGGUCUAUUUACCUCUCCUUAUGGUGGAGAUCAGUUAUCGUUGGACAGAAUUCCAUUUGGGAGAGCAGAUGAUUCUAGUGAGUACUUUGUAGAAAUGGAUAUAAAUAAAUCUUUGAACACGAGUAGGUAUUCCAAAUCAGGAGCACCUAGAAUAGCUUAUCUUAUAUCAGGAACAAAGGGUGAUAGUCGGAGAAUGAUGAGGACCUUACAGGCAAUUUAUCAUCCCAGAAAUCAGUAUAUUCUGCAUCUGGAUCUUGAGGCUCCAGCUCGUGAAAGGUUGGAAAUGACCCAAUAUGUGAAGAGUGACGCAACAUUCGACGAAGUAAGUAAUGUGCGCGUUAUGGCACAAUCCAAUUUGGUGACGUAUAAGGGCCCCACAAUGAUUGCUUGUACACUACAAGCGAUUGCAAUCAUGUUGAGGGAGAACGUGGAGUGGGACUGGUUCAUUAAUCUCAGUGCUUCAGAUUAUCCUCUUAUGACACAAGAUGAUUUGCUUCACGUUUUCUCAAAUUUGUCCAGAAAUCUCAACUUCAUUGAACAUAUACACUUUACUGGGUGGAAAUUGAAUCAAAGAGCAAAACCAAUCAUUAUUGAUCCUGGCCUUUACUUGUCUAAAAAAUCUGACCUCUCUUGGACUACUCAACGCCGAUCACUUCCCACGUCUUUCAAGUUGUUUACAGGUUCAGCAUGGGUAAUGCUAACUCGAUCCUUCGUUGAGUACUGUAUAAUGGGAUGGGAUAACCUUCCCCGCACUAUUCUAAUGUAUUACACAAAUUUUGUAUCUUCUCCAGAAGGCUAUUUCCACACUGUUAUAUGCAACAAUGAAGAAUACCGGACCACUGCAAUAAGCCACGAUCUUCACUACAUUGCUUGGGAUAAUCCUCCUAAGCAGCAUCCUGCAUCGCUGACAAUGAAAGACUAUGACAAAAUGGUAAAAAGCAAAGCCCCGUUUGCUCGUAAGUUUGCAAAGGACGAUCCUGUUUUAGACAAAAUUGAUAAAGAGCUUCUAGGCCGUACCCUCCGUUUCCCACUUGGGGCAUGGUGUAUAGGGAGCACCAACGGUGGAUCAGAUCCAUGCUCUGCCCGUGGAAACGAUUCAGUGUUCAAUCCAGGUCCUGGUGCUGAGAGGUUGCAAGAAUUGGUCCAGACAUUGUUAUCUGAAGAAUCUCGGAAAAAGCAGUGUUCAUGACAAAAGGUGAAAGGUAGUCAGGUGGACACAACCACAAGUGUAAAUUGGUGUGUCUAUAGGUGGUUGUUGGUUCUUGAUGUAAAACGAUGAAGCCUUUCAUUUCCAUAUAGUUGAAUUUACCAUUCACAUGAUGUUUCACAGAAUUUACAAGUUAUAAAGAGAAAUACCAGAAACCUCGGACUUUAUGAA